AUGUCCAUGUACCUUACAAUUCUGUUUGGCCUACUAGUGACGGAGAUGUCACUUUUGUUUGUGCUGGUUCUGCCAUUGCCUUUUACUGUCCGCAGAUCAGUUGUACGAAGUUUUGAACAGCUAAUGGCAAUGCCACAGCUCAAAACCAUUGCGAUUAUUGGAUACGUGCUUGUGGGAAUGAUGUUCGUGGACUCUUGGAAGCGCGCAGGGUUUGUUGGAUGGCGUGAGACGGAAAACUUAGGUCACGUGCGUCCCUCAAAGACUAUUCAGGAAUAUACGACCCGGGCUUAUAAUCAGCGGAACCUAUACCUUUCUGGGUUUGUACUGUAUUUCAAUCUCUGUAUUCCAACUGUCAUCAACAUACUGCACAGUUUGGUGAAGCACGAGGAGUUGAGCAGAAGCGGUUCUAAAACCGCUGCAGAAUCCGAAAAGAUGAAGCAGUUGCGGAAGGAGUUGGCGCAAAAGGAAGCAUCCUUGGAAGCGCUCAAGAAGCAGAAAGCCGGUCUAGAAGCACAUUUUGAUGCAUCUGUGGAGUCUAAGGAAAAGACUUCGACGAAGGCCAAGAAAGAAGAUUAG